AUCGCUCUGCACCUGCGCAGUGCUUGCUGCCGUCGCCAGCACGGGCUCCAAUGGCGUCGGCCGCAAGGAGCAGAGCAGGGGAUGGCGGCGCCGCCGCGCGUGGCUACCGCGGGGUGAGGCGUCGGCCGUGGGGCAAGUGGGCGGCGGAGAUCCGGGACCCCAAGAAGGCGGCGCGCGUCUGGCUAGGCACGUUCCUCACCCCCGAGGACGCGGCGCGCGCCUACGACGCCGCGAAGCUACGCCUCCGCGGGAGCCGCGCCAAGCUCAAUUUCCCAGAGGACGCCGCGUCGCUCCGGCACCCGCCGCUGGCCCCUGAGGGCUCUCGGCAGCCCGGCUCCGGGUGGAAUCGCACCAUUGACCGCUCGCCGUGCCCGGAGAUGGUGCGCCGGAGGGACACGACGGAUGGGUUCACCGGCGGCGGUGACAAUGGCCGGUUUUUGGGUUCUUGGAACAUCGGAACCUCGUCGCCGUCUGCUCUGCUUUGUGGGAGCUAUGGAACAGGGAGCACUAAAACGGAAGACGCGGGAAAUGGUAUGGACAAACGCAGCAGCGCGAGGCACUCAUAGGAAUCACUCUCUACAUCCCUCUCUGGGAUCGGGCCAUCGGCCUAACACAUCUCGUCGUUGUCUUUUAUUUUUCCCUAGGAGAGGCAUUGUAAUUCUAGGU